AGCGCUCCCUGCCCUCAGCGGGAGCCGCCAUCUUCCCACCCCCCAACCCCCGCUCGCGGUCUUAAAGGGGCCGCGACCCCCGCGCUGAGGCCGCGGCGGGUUUGGGGUUUGUUCCCGGUUCGCGAUCCUGGUUCCCGAGUGGAAAGAACCGUGACCGCGGUUCCCUCCGGUCACCACAGAGCGUGUAGGAGCGGGAUUGGACCCGACCGCGUCGGCAGGUUGAGUCACUCCAGGACGUGGCCAUGUUUUCCACCCCCAGGAAGUGAGGGAGAGCUGGAUCCCAGGGCCAUGGCAGCAGAUGAGAGGGAUUACAACCUGACAGAGGAGCAGAAGGCUGUCAAGGCCAAAUACCCUCCACUCUGUAAGAAAUAUGAAUAUCUGGAUCACACAGCAGAUGUGCAGCUCCAUGCCUGGGGAGACACGUUGGAAGAGGCAUUUGAGCAGUGUGUCAUGGCCAUGUUUGGCUACAUGACGGACACAGAGACCGUGGAACCCGUGGAUACAGUGGAGGUGGAGGCAGAAGGGCACGACAUGUUGUCUCUCCUCUUCCACCUCCUGGAUGAGUGGCUGUAUAAAUUCAGUGCUAAUGAGUUCUUUGUACCCAGGGAGGUGAAAGUGCUUCACAUCGACAGAAUGCAAUUCAAAAUAAGAUCAAUUGGGUGGGGAGAAGAGUUCUCUUUAGGCAAACACCCACAGGGCACAGAGGUCAAAGCCAUCACUUACUCAGCGAUGCAGAUCUGUGAGGAUGAAAAGCCAGAAGUCUUUGUCAUCAUUGAUAUUUAAAGCAAGAAAAGUAUGGCCAAGUGGAUAUUAUGGGCUGGCAGAAGUCCCCUAAAACUGUAAUCCCUGUGAAAGUAACCAAGGAAUUGGGCAGUUAAAAUCAUAAAUUGAAGGGAGUAACUGCAGGGAAUGUCAGCCAGUGUUUUCAUGUGAAAAUGGUGAGACAGAAAAUAAAAAGAACUAGUUGGGGUUUUGGGAGAUGUUGAGAAGAAGAGAUCUGUAGGAGUUGGAAAUCUCCCAGGAAUGCUGGUAGUGAGCUUUUAAGGCUGG